AUGUCAGCUUCGACGCCGAAGUCGCCCGUCCUUUUCCCGGCCGAGAAGGACAACGCGCCGUAUCGUGUUCAGACGUCGAUGCUGCUCGAUACUGGACCGUCGGACGGCACUGACAGCACUGACAGCACUGGCGGCGCAUCUGCUCCGACCGAUAUUUCGCACACGUUUGUGGCGGACCCAGCCGACAUUCUACCGCCGACGGUGCUCGUGCUCGACGGUCAGGUUAUUUACGCCGAGAACGCGCCCGGCGUCGUUCUGUACGAGUCAGGUCUGGGCUUGGCGGGUCUGACGCCGGCCACCAAGCGCGUCGAGCUGGAGAGGUUGGACUAUGAUGGGUCGACGCGCGUCCGUAAGCGCGGCUUUUAUGUGCUGGGGCACAUUAACAAGUUCCUGCCGUCCCUGUUCAAGCCCGGCCCGCCCGAAUGGUUCAUUUACAGCCUGUCGUCGCGGACAGCACCUCUGGGCGUCUUUGGGUGGCGCGAGGGGCCCACCGAUGCCUGGGAGGCGCUCCCGGCACGCAUCGAGAAACACGAGUUCCACUGGGCCGACGGGGCCAAGGACAACGUGCUGUUCCGGGCGCGGUACAAAAAGGGCGUGUGCACGUGGACGGACGCGGAGCAUAAAGAAGUGGCCAAACUAUACGAGGCGUCGCGGCUGGUGGUGACGGAGCCGCUGCGGCGCGAUCUGCGGGACGUGCUGGUGGCGCUCUGGUGCUGCUACGUAUGGGCGCAGGCGCUGAACCGGCAUGUGCCGGUACCGGUGCCGCGGGGCAAGAACCCCGUGGCCCAUCGUGGUCGCAUACCCGGCUCUCCGGGACAUACAUCACGGGCCCACCGGGGCGCAACCGGGCGUGGCACAACACAAACAACGCCGCCCCGCCGCAACUCGCGCACCAACAAUAUCGAGGAGGGCCGGUGCCAGGUCCUUGCGGACCAGGACCGCGACCGGCAGGUUGACCUGACGCACGCGGCAACGCUCGUUCAGUUGAACCACCAUCUUCGGUCCGCGCGCACGCCUGUAUAA